AAUCAUUUCAUAAUUAGGAAGGAAAUGCGAGUUCCGUAAAACCAUUUCUCACUUCAACCUCCCCUAAACCCUAAAAACCCAUUCACCUUCCCACUCCACUGACGCACUCCCCCUUCAUUGAACCCCCAGAAUGGCGUCCACUCUCCGCCACUUCUCCACCAACAUCACCACCACCCAGAAAAUCUCCAUCUCCAUCUCCAAAGCCAAAUCAAAACUCCGCACUGAACACGACCCAGACAAAGCACUAGCCAUCUACUCCGCUGCUUCUAAUAACGACUCCUCCCCUGCGGCUUCUCGCUAUGCUCAAGACCUCACCGUCCGCCGUCUCGCCAAAUCCCACCGUUUCACCGACAUCGAGUCCUUAAUAGAAUCCCGCAAAACGGACCCCAAAAUCAAACAAGAACCCUUCCUUUCCUCGUUAAUUAGAUCGUACGGUGUUGCUGGAAUGUUUGAUCAGGCCAUGAAAACUUAUCACCAAAUGGACCAAUUGGGUACCCCUCGAUCUUCUAUUUCUUUUAAUGCUUUAUUAUCUGCUUGCAUUCAAUCCAGACUUUUUAAUAAAGUCCCAGUGCUGUUUGAUGAAAUCAGUGAGAAAUAUAGGGUCUUGCCUGAUAAGGUCUCGUAUGGGAUUUUAGUCAAGUCUUAUUGUGAGGAUGGGAAACCAGAUAAGGCGAAUGAGGUACUGAGGGAAAUGGAAAAGAAAGGAGUGGAAGUUACGACCGUUGUUUAUACAACAGUUCUGAAUUGUUUGUAUUCGAAGGGAAAGAAUGAGGAGGCGGAGAGAUUUUGGCAUGCAAUGGUCAAAAGAGGGUGUGAGUUGGAUGCUGCAGUGUAUAAUGUGAAGAUUAGCAAUGCUAUGAAAGAGGGGCCGGAGAGAGUGAAGGAGUUGAUUGAGGACAUGGAGAAUUCUGCGUUAAAACCCGAUACGAUCAGUUAUAAUUAUUUGAUCACUAGUUAUUGCAUGACUGGGAUGAUGGAGGAUGCGAAGAAGGUUUAUGAGAGGCUGGAGGGAUAUGGGUGUAAAGCAAAUGCAGCAACAUUUAGAACUUUGGUUUUUCACUUGUGUAAGAAUGGAGAAUAUGAGAAAGGGUAUAGGUUAUUCAAGGAGAGUGUUAGGGUGCAUAGGAUUCCGGAUUUUAAUACAUUGAAAUAUUUGGCGGAGGGGUUGGCGGAGAAGAAGAAGAUGAAGGAAGCAAAAGGAUUGAUUCGAACAAUGAAGAAAAAGUUCCCUCCUAAUUUACUGAAUGCAUGGAAGAAAGUGGAGGAAAGUCUUGGUUUGCAUUCUACCGAGGAGGACAAGGAAGUUAAGGAGGCCACAGCUUAGCGAUCAAUAGCAUGUUUAUUCCGGGCAGUUCUGGGUUAUAAAUGCAGCUACAAGCGAAUCAACUUUGUUUUGUUCACACUGCAACAGUAUGUGGCUUUUCUAGCUCUAUUCCUUUUUAGUCUUUACAAUACAAUUAGCCAAGGGAGCCGGUUUGGGAGUUGCUAUGAAAUUAUGAGCUCCAUUUUGUCUCUAAAGAGCUCUGAUUUAGCUCAUGAUUUUGCAUUUCCAAUGAGGUUAAAGCUUUUGCUUUGUCAAUGGCAAUAAAGCUUAUUGAUGUGUGAUCCAUUAUAUGUAACAGUGGCUGUUUUCUGCCUAUUAGUUUUUCUAGAAUCCUUGUAGUGAACCGUGCCAAUUAUUUGCUUAAUUAUAUUCUUUUGUAGUUUAACUAAA